AUGUUCUUCGUCGCCGUGGCCGCUCUGAGCUUGCUUCCUUGGCCGGUGGCAGGGAAGAUGGCCGUCGUCCGCGUCUUCGCGACCAGUGAGGAGGUCACGUACCUGACGCAGUCCUACACGGAGUGGGAGUCGACGAUGCCAUGCGCAAACCCUGGCCAGAGCAGCAAUGUAGACCUGAUCUUGGUUUACAGCAAGGACCUCGCCACGGACGGCAUUGCCACGGCCGCAGUCCAGUCCUAUGAGUCAGGCUUUGCACAGAAUGAGCACUGGACCGGUUGCUUCGGAGGCAUCAAGAAUUUCUCCGCCAAGCUUAGCCCAGAGGAAGACCACUACGAUGAUCAGGGCUAUGCAACGAACAGGCACUGGGUCUCAGGCCCCAACAUGAUCUUUAAGCACAUCGUGGAGGCCAUGUUCACUGGUGCCUUUGCCGGUGAGUACGACAGCUUCUUCUGGAUGGAGAUGGAUGCUGUUCCUGUGAUGGCAAACUGGCUGGACAAGUUUGUGGAAGAGGCUGCAGAGAUGCCUGCCAUGAACAUGGCCAUCCGCGGCAGCCCCUAG